GUGGGGACAAAGAGUGACUUAAGAUCGGACGUACGUCUGAUGCUGCAAUUGGCGAGAUACGGUCAGGCACCGAUCACCACUAUCCAGGGCCAUCAAUUGGCGCACAGGCUAGGCGCCGUCAAUUACGUAGAGACGUCCGCGUUGACGCAACACGACCUCAAGGAGGCCUUCGAUCAGGCGAUAGUCAGUGCCCUCAAUACGCGGCGCGGAGGCGCCAAUUUACUAUACCGGCGUAGGAAGCCGCCCCCGUUGUGGCGUAGAUGGUUGUGCUGCUGGGAACGGCCGUCUUCGAGCGAGACCUAAACAAAAUCCUAUCUUAAUUGAUAGAGACUCUAUAUACUUCUUUAGAAAUCCCUCUGUGAUCAUAGGCGGUUCGCCCUGCUUCCUGUCAGAAUCGUCAUCCCUCGGCAUGACAUACUCAGUAGCUACAGUUGGUUGAGGAUUAUCUCGUCGUAAGAAUAGAGCUGCGCUGGUACUUUGUUAUUUAGAUUUUAGACGGGACGACUAUUAAUAGAUACUCGCGCGCGCGAGUGAGAGCCGAGAGCAAUCCUGUAUUUACGCGCGAGAAUGCUUCAACGUGGCUCAUUCAUCUCCAUAAUCUAACACGUAAUUUUUAUACUGUACAUUUUUUAUGCGUUUCACAAACUAACAAACUGCCAGAACAAAACGCCAAAAUACGAUAUGUUGGUUAGUAAAGCCGUACUGUGCCGGAAACAGUAAUGCCUAACUCGCGCGAACGAACGAUCCGUAAUCGAGGGUUGCUCAACACGUACAAUUGACGAACACACGAGCGACUUCGUCGGGGAGCAAACGUUAAUCGAAUUAACAUUUCUGACAGAGCGGAGCGAGCGAGUGCCGCCCUCGUGAAAAUUCCUGAAGCCGCAUGGCAUAAUUUAUUGUAAUAUUAAUCGUAUUAAUCAUUAUUUUUGUUACUAGCAUAAUAAUUGGCUACUCGCUGGUUGUGAUUUUUCGUGUACGUAAUAUCCUUGUUUCAAUUGUGUCGCGGUAAAGAUCGGUUCUUUCCCCAUUUUCUUUCUCCCCCCUCCGCCCUCCUGCCCUUUCAUCAAGGAUAUUAGGUGGCCCCUUGUUUUACGACCACCGUAGCAUAUAACAAUUGUAUAUUUUUUACUUGUUGCGACCUCUCGUAUAUAUAUAAAUAUAUAUAUUUAUUUUUUAAUAUCUUUGAUAUAUCGGUAUUUUAGUAGAGUAACUGUAGCUUUAAUCGGACACUUUUUACAGAUCGGCGAUAUGAUCGUGACAUCACGCACAUAGAAUUUAUAUAGCGUUUAUAAGCGACGGCGUUCUAGUUAACGGAACAAUGAUAUUUCGUAAAAUACGUUUUUUUUUUAUAUAAGCAUAUGUGAUGUAGUAGCGUUUGUACGAGCGAUAUCAACCGUAUAAAAGAAUAUCAAAAUACAAUAAUUAGCGAUGAGAGAUAAAACGCGAGUGCGUAAGAGGUAUAUUCGGCGAAUAUCGGACGUACUCGGGGGGAUCUUGCUAGAAAGAUUGCUGUGAUCUUACUUGAAACUCUUCACCGGUAAUUCUACUGUGUGUUGCGUAUGGAAUUGUAUUGAAUAAGACUGCUGAAAAGAUUCAUAAGACUCUGCGCAGUAUCGUAGGCUUAAUCUGCUGUAACACCUUCAUUUCCAUCACAUGACAUCAUCAAAAAUAAAUUGUAUAUAAGUAUUUAUUCAUCGAAAAAAACGAGAGUGGUCUUUUUGUGCGUGUAAUUUAUGACGCAGUCUGUCAGGAAAGAGCGCGAUUGACGUGAAUAUCAUUAAAACAUCGUGAUAAAUACGAACUAUCAAGUAAUUGCGUCGCUGUUAGAUAAGAUGUAAAAAAAUUAUAAUAGAAAUCGCCAAUCCUUCUUGACAGAAUGUAUGUCACGUUUGAGAUUAGAGAUAAUAUUUUUCAUAGCUUGCUUUUUUAAUUUUUUUUUCUCUUACCUCGUAAGAUUAUAAUUUU